AGAUUAAGCAACGCUUGGAUAUAUACACGGCUUCAAACAGAGAAAGACAGAAACAAAGCUUCCACGUUGUUAGUUAAAAGUCUCUUCAUCGUCUUCUUAUCUAUAUAUAAUUAGACCUUCUGUAGUUUUGUUCCAUUGGUCUCUCUCCAUCUCUUUGAUGUUUCUUCUGCCUUCUACUAUCACUUAGGUCUCUUUCAGUUUAUGAACUUAUAGAAUUUCAUUCAUUUCUAGUGGCAGCCAUCUUCGAGUUGGAGAAGCUCUUUUCUUUUUUUUCCUUUCCCUUUACGUACACGAUCUUUGGAAGAAUAAAUAUGGCUUGUUUAGUCUCUCGCUCAGGAAGAGAGCUGCAGAGAUACGAUAACCAGGGUCGCCGACAAGUUGUAGGAUGCAUUCCAUAUAGAUUCAAGAGUUGCAGUGAUGGUUCCAUUGCUGGUGAUCAUAAACUGGAAGUUCUUGUCAUCACUUCACAGAAGGGUCAAGGAAUGAUGUUUCCCAAGGGUGGUUGGGAGCUUGAUGAAUCUGUGGAAGAAGCAGCUUCUAGGGAAUCUCUUGAAGAAGCUGGAGUUCUUGGGCAUGUUGAGGAUGAACUAGGGAAAUGGAACUUCUUAAGCAAAAGGCAUGGCACAUUUUAUGAAGGGUAUAUGUUCCCUCUGCUAGUUACUGAGCAACUUGAUCUCUGGCCAGAAAAGCAUGUCCGUCAAAGAAUUUGGAUGACUGUGGAGGAAGCCAGAGAUGUAUGUAGGCAUUGGUGGAUGAAGGAAGCCUUGGACAAACUAGUUGAGAGGCUAAUGUCUCUACAACAACAAAAGGAACAAAACGACGACGUCUUCAAUGCUUUCUAAUCUGAACUGAUUUUGUAAAUAGUAACACAUUGCUGAAGCCUGAAUGCUUAUAGCUAGAGCAUAUGAAUUAGCUAGUUAGGCCAAAAUUGUAUGGAUCCAAGGGUUGAUAAUUGUACAAAAUAGAGUGAUCCACUGCUCCCUUUCCUCUCUGAUUUUAUGGGAGUUUGCCCUAUGAUGUAAUUUUCACAUGUGAAAGUGAGAAAUUUUACGAUACUAUCCUAAUAUACCACUGUAUUUACUAUAUUAAUCUUUUCCGUUUCCCUUAACAGAGAAAAGUAUCGAAUACCCUUUUCAA